UCUCAAGUAAGACAGUUGUUUCCGAGAAGUUUGCCCUCGGCUUUGAAGAUGUCGGCCACGGUCACGCCAAGACAAGACAGUGCAUUGUUGAUACUCGCAGCUGUUGGCUUGGCACUUCUUACCAUUCUCAGUGUGUGGAAGUUAAAACAGUUUAAAUAUAGACUUAUAACUGAAACUGGAGGUGCAAUGUUUUAUGGUAUGCUUGUGGGGUUGAUGGUGAGAUGCUUGUCAUUUGACUGGGGAGACAACAAGGAAACGGUUUGCACUUGUGUUGGUCUUAACAGCACACCUCUCCUCUUGAAAAUCAACGUCACAUCACACUUUAACCGUUUUAAACAUGUUGGGAGAGUCAACCAUCGAUGCCCGCCGGUCUCAACCCCUCAUAUGGAGACCUUUGAUCCCGAGGUCCUUUUCAAUCUGUUCCUGCCACCUAUCAUCUUCCAUGGAGCUUACACCCUCAAUCAGAAACGAUUCAUUGGGAAUCUCGGAUCUGUUUUGACCUUUGCAUUUUUGGGAACCAUAAUCAGCUGUGUGACUAUAGGGGCCUGCGUCUACGGCUUCACCAGACUGAUGGUGCUGUUGGGCCAAGCAGCAGAUGGAGACUUCCUCCUCACUGAUUGCCUCCUGUUUGGUGCCAUUAUGUCGGCCACUGACCCAGUUGCAGUCCUUGGCCUGUUGUCAGAGCUGCAUGUGGACCUGGAUCUGCACGCCCUGCUGUUUGGCGAGAGUGUCCUGAAUGAUGCCACGGCCAUCGUCCUGACACAUGCCAUCACCACCUAUAGCCAGACGGGUGCAGGACAUAUCUUCGACCCCCCUGCCUUCUUCCUCUCUGUUGGUUAUUUUCUUGGAGUGCUUGCCAGCUCCUUCCUCCUGGGUUUCAUAUUCACAGUCAUAACAGCCCUCCUCACCAAAUUCACUCGGCUAUGUGAGAAUCCACUGCUGGAAACAUCCGUCUUCUUCCUGCUGUCCUGGAGCAGCUUCCUCUCAGCUGAAGCCAGCGGACUUUCAGGUAUUGUGGCAGUGCUGUCUUGUGGCUUGAGCCAGGCAAGGUACACAAUUCACAAUUUAUCCUCUGAGGGCAGGACCAGGACCAGGCAGCUCUUCGAAGUCUUCAGCUUCCUGGGGGAGAUUUUCAUCUUCAGCUACAUGGGAUAUGUAUUGUUGACGUUUCCUCGCCAUGUCUUUAAAGCUCUCUUCAUUACUGGGGCAUUUCUCUCCAUCUUUGUAUCAAGAGCCUGUAACAUCUACACCUUUUCAUUCCUCCUAAACCUGGGACGAACAACCAAGAUACCUCGCACCUUCCAGCACUUCAUGAUGUUUGCAGGUUUCAGGGGGGCUGUAACGUUUAGCCUGGCUAUAAGAGACACAUCCACCGAAGUGAGGAGCACCAUCUUCACCACCACUCUGCUGCUGGUCGGCUUCACCAUCUGGGUGCUGGGUACCGCUGCUGAUCCCAUGCUGCGCCAUCUGAACAUCAGUGUGGGUGCGGAUGAAGAAGAAAAUCCAGAGGACCUUUCUUUUGAGGUUGCUACAGGGGGGCCAGACACGUCAGGAGGCCUGUGGCACCGUCUGGACUACAAAUAUCUAAAGCCGGUGCUGACACAUUGUGGCCCUCCCCUCACCGACUCACUGCCACAGUGGUGUGGGGUAUUUGCCAGACUCUUCAGCCCCCAUGUCCAGGAGGACGAAGAGCAGCUGUGUGGGACUGAACCAGAUGACUCCCCCUCAGACUUGGAGAAAACGGAGAACCAGCUUGGAUCUCUAGGAGGUGACUCUGGAUCAGCGCACCAGGAAGACCUGCUGGAGGGAGACCUGGGACUCGGCACUGCUCCUGCUCUCGCCAGGGAUGCCUGACGCUCCAGGAGUCAUCUACAAGCCAAGCUCAUCAGACCGUGCUGCCCUGAGGCGAAGGCUCUGCCUCCCACAGUGAAUGGGGUCACUGGCCAGGGCAUCUGAGAGAAGCCGACCGGGAGUCGGCGUUACAAUGGCUCCCGAAAAGGUCACGCUCUCCCCUUGUGCUGACGUGCAUGCAAAGACACACUCGCAGAGGGAGGAAUUACGAAGGCCAUUGCUCUCUUCCUGUAGCUCUGCUGAUUAUUUUCUUGGCUUGUUUUGCUCCAGUUUCAAGGAAUGUAAUUGCUGAAAAAGAAUGAUUCAUUCUGCCUUCGAGUGCCUAAUGUUUAACACAACCAACAGGAGGCAGAAACUGACCUCAACGAACUUUUCACACAGCAAGCAAAAUGAUGAUGCAACAGUUCUGGUGAAAAUACAGCUUGUUAAGUCACACAUUAAUUGCCAGUGGAGUAGCUUCAUGCUACUCGGAAGAAUUGCUCUCGAAUUGAAAGCUACUAAAUUUCCCAUAAUCCGCUAAAUGGUAUUUUUGUGCCAUCUUUGCUUUGCUCUUCCCCAACUCCUUAUUAAACUUAUAUUGCACUAUUUUCUGCUAUAAUCCUUUUAACAGAUUAAAAAUGUAUUCCAUUGAAUUUACAUCCCCCCCUUCACGACUUGCUCAUUCUGCUUCAGACUAAAAUAAUUCCAAAUGUUAAAGUAUAUUAACAGCAUUUGGCAGAGGCCAUUAGCAAGUGAGGUUUCCCUCUGACUUCUCUAGAGAUUGGACUUUGCUGCUUACUGAGUACAUCAUUAUAAAUCUCUUGGUCCCAUUCCCCUUGUGUGACGCAGGGUGUUGUGUACUGCACACAUCUAAUCUGUGAAGGUUAGGCUUUGUGAAUAUGCAGACUGUUAAUACAGUCAUUGUCCUUGAAGUGAGGGCUUUCCAUUUUAUGCUGUGAAUGCAUGGGUGCAUUAAUAGAACGCUCCUCCGUUUCAGUCCUCACUUGAUGCAGAGAAGCACACUGCUUUCUCCUUUGUUUGCAAUGAUGUUUGAAUUCACUUUUGUUCUGAGCCAGAGACUGAGUGAUAGCAACAUAGCAUCACGAGUCCUCAGGUGGAGACGCUCAAGCUUUAAUUCAAUCCUUAAAGAAACAGUUACCCCCAAAAAAACACAAUUAUUUUUUGUUUAAUUUCUCAUUGUUGGUUUAAUUCCGAGUACAAUCGCACUAGUUUUGGUGUGAUUUGCUGAGAUUGGAAGCUAUUAAUAUCAAAACAUAAAAAUUUGAAAACUCAAUGGCAGUAUCUCUUUUCGGCAUAUGGCAGCUACUUCUGGUGAAGAAAAAAAACUAUAUUUUUAAUGUUUUCACUGAGAAGUACUCACUGAAGUACGCCCACCAGCUACAGCAUCUAUCUCUGUGCAGGGAGAAGAAACUGCUCACUAGGGCUUACAAUGUCUCUGUGUAACCUUGUUGAGCAAGAAAAGACGCUGCUUGUUGAGCUUUUCAAGUGUCAUUUUUGGCCUUUUUUGAGCAUCACGAACCAAAUUCUACUGAGCUGUUUUCACUGAAGUGCAAUCAAACCUCUAAACCUCAGCAAAUCAUAUCAAAAUCUGGAUGGAGUUGAAGUGGAAAUAGAGCUUUGUUUUUAUGAAGUGUCCCUUUAACUUUUAAAUUUGUAUUCAAGUGAUUUGAUAUUAGUGUAUUUCCCUUUUACAGCCAAUUCUCUGACAACAUUUACAGUAUUUCUGACUACAAUGAAUAACAUCUUUAUGACACAUACUUAUUAAAAGGUACCCUGUAGAGUGUUUCCCCACUAAUAACAUUAUAGAGCAAUGUUUUUAGGCGUGGGUGCCCGCUUUGUUUGCUCUCAUGCCUGAGGACGCACAUGCAUGUGGAUGACGGGACACACAUUUCUGCUCAUGGCUUCACAGUAUUCCACGGAUCUAAAUCCCCAAGUAGAAGAAGUAAACCUUGCUGUUAACAAUGCAUGUUUCAUACUUGCUUUGCAAUUGUUUUAUAAAGAAUGAAAUGCACUCAGCACGUUACGUAGACCUCAAGGAUACACAUGGUGUGUGUGGGUGAGAAACGCUGACUGUAAACAGAACCUCCACAGGGCGCCUUUAAGUUACAGCGAAUAGCAACAAAUGUGUGAUGCUAUUCCAGCACAAUGGUUCUCAAAUGGUGAGGGAAGGCACAGUGAUGCAUAAUGCACUGAACUAAGGGAUGCCUUGAAACAUCUCAUGAAUAUAAAGAACAAAAUGAUUACAAACCCUAUACGUAAUAAAGAUACGUGUUAACAGCAUAUCAUUUUUUGAUACCACAAUAUCGAUUAAAGCCAGCGGCUCGCCGAGUUGGAUUCUGUUUUACUUUGCCUCAUGCACCGGACUUUGAGAACCACUGGUCUAGUGCUUAUGUUUUUGAUCAGGAUUUCGACAUGUACUGUACAGCAGUGGGGGGUCGUUCGACACAGAUGCGUAAACUGUCUUGUUAACUGUGAACUUUACUCAAUAUGCAAUAUUCCCAGAUCAUGUGUUUUUAUAAGAGCAAGCAAUUGUAAACAUUUUGAAAUGGUAGAACAGGCUGCUUACACCGACACUGAGAGAGACGCUCCAGCUCCAGAGCCAUGACACAUUGUCCAUAGUGCAUGAUAUCAUCCUACGAGGACUUGGUGACAGAAAUCAAAACAUCCUCGUUUUUUAAAAACUAGAAAUAUCACUACUGCUGUUCUGAUGUAGCCUAGUCAUCACACCUCUACCUAUGGCACAUCAACAAACCAGUUUAUUGAUUGUCUCUGACUUAAACCAGAUCUUACAAAUAAACAUCAGCAAUGAGCUU